GGCGUCGCACGAACGUUGUCGGCCACCGGACCGACCGUCUCGACCGAGCGUUCUCCUCUGGCGAAGCCAGUAUCAAGCCGGGAGCCGUCGAGAGGGUUGAUCCACCUCUGGAAUCGGUAGCGCACGCUGCGUUCCUAGGACGUCGUAUAGCCCGCGAAGACAGGCCUGGAACGUUGGUACCGUGUCCCAGGACGUACCGGGAGUACCAACCGCCAGCAGACAUCGGUCGUCGGAGGUUGGCCGGCAAGCGACGCCAAGCACGAGCACGAGCAACCUGACCCACGGUGUCUCGCGCGCGCGUUUCUACACGGGUGGCUGCUGCCUCGGCGUUCAGGUGCAGUGGCUGCCAGUGGAACUCACCAGUCGGAUGAAAAAAAUGGGGCGUACGCCGUGCCACGAAAGGCGGAUCGAUCGCGAAAUAAACGUACGCUGGAUGGACGACGCGGAGUAACCUGUUUCGCGGAUUCACGCGAACGCCAGCCGCCCAUCCGCCGCAAAAAUCCGAGCUGUUUCGACGAGCUGGUGUGUGCGGGCCCAACGCGUCGUCGAGCAUCGUGUGUCUCUGCCGCCGCCGUCGCCACGCCAUAGUGCGCGACUGUUGGGACGUCGACGGGCUGUCUGGUUCCCACCGUGUCCCUGGCGAGUCGAAAGGAGACAGCCGGAAGCUUCGCCAUCGGUUUUUCGUGCGACGCAGAGAGAGAGAGAGAAGAGAGAGGCGAAUCAACGGCAGACCGGAAGCAGAUCGAAGGCGGAUCGAAAGCCGAUUCCGAAACCCGGAGUACCGUGCCGGAGAGUCACUCUCUCUUUCCAUAGCCGUCGCCUACGCACGCAGCGCAGGCGAGACGGCUUGCGCGUGCGUGCUCACGUGCGAGCGUAGCCGGCACAACGUGGUUCGCGGCGGUACACAACGGGGGUUAGGGGGCGAGCAGCCAGGUCGGAGAGUCUAGUCGGAUGAUCGAGGCGGUCCAGUGAUUCCCCGGGAUUACGGUGUGAUGUGACGAAGAAGAGAGGAUCCAAGAUCCGAGAACCGAGGAUCGCGCGCGCGCGCACGCGUGCUGCCGCUUGCUUUUCGUCGCCGAGACGAGAGAGUGUUUUGCCUGAACAAUCUUGAUGCCCAGGGCCUAGCGGCGAUAUCCGGAGUCACCGACGAACCAUGCAUUCCCCGAUCCUGCCUCUGCUGGUGGUGUUGCUCGGCCAGGCGGCCCUGUCCUUCGUCCUCGAGGGCUCGGCGACCAGCUACGCGCAGUUCCGCAAGUGGAACGCCGGGCUGAACGGCACCUUGGAGUUCGAGUUCAAGACCGAGCAGGGCAACGGGCUGCUGCUUUACACCGACGACGGUGGCACAUACGACUUCUUCGAGGUGAAGCUCGUCGAGAGCGCGCUCAGGCUGAGGUACAACCUCGGCGGCGGUGCGCAGAUCGUCACCGUCGGCCAUGACCUCGGCGACGGGCACUGGCACAAGGUGCAGAUCACCAGGUGCAACGAGAACACCACGCUGACCGUCGACGGCGUCAGCGCCGUCUCCACGUCCAGGGGCAAGGAGUUCGAGUUCGGAAAGCUGCCCGGCAAUUCGGACGUGUACGUGGGCGGCAUGCCCAGCUGGUACAACAGCAAGCUCACGCUGCUCGCGCUGCCCAGCGUGAUCUUCGAGCCAAGGUUCAACGGGUUCAUCAGGAACCUCGUGUACGCCGACGGGGAGAGUUCCGUGCCCAAGAGGCAGGAGAUGAAGAGCCGGGAUGCCAAGGUAGGUGGGGUUCCGAUGGCCGGAAUAUGUUUUGUCUGUGUGCGAUGA